UUACUCGGAAAAUGGGAAAAUGAUUAAAAAUUUAACCACGCUCCUUCCCUGUUAAAACAAUGUUUCGAAUCCUUCAAAAUCAAACGACAAACUCAAAGAUAAUACUUUCUCGUAGUGAAAUUAAUUGUACAUAUAAUCCAAUAUCAAAUUUUUCUCGUUUCUUUAUCUUUUCUCACGUACAAAAACAACGAGUUUUCGCGCGUAAUAAGUUAUUUGCUUUUUUAGCAGGCACUGAAGAAGUCGAAAAUGGACAACUUUAUUUUGACAAUUAUGAUAAUAUGAGAAUUACUACUCCCGUAAGGUGGCCUAUUGAUGUUAGACGUUUUGUAAGUGGACCGAGCGAAGAAAAACUAAUGGAAAAAUUAAAAUCAGGAGAGUGGAUUCCUACCGAGAGUGAAAUGCCUCACAAUUUCAAGAUUGAAGGAGUAAAAAUAAGAAAAAAGGAGGAUGGAAUGUUUGUUGACUUUACUUUUCGAGCCAAUCAAUUUCAAAAAGAGAAGGCAUUGGAAGAAAUAAUUGAACGAGUACAGACUUCUCUAAAAGAAAAACAUGAUGUACUAUGGUUCAAUGUUAAUGCGUAUUUGGUCAAGGGAGAGCCAUUUAUUGAGAAUUUAGUUGAUAGAUACCCAGUAAGCCGUUUACGGAUCGAAUUUCAAGGACCGGAUGUUUUAACCGAAACCCUUUAUAAAUAUCUCGAACCAUAUGGUUUAAUUCGUGACAUAAAUCUUUUUCCAGCGUCUUCUAAUUAUAUUUCAAGAUAUGCAUUGGUACAAUACGUAAAAGUUAGAUCAGCUAUCUGCGCCAAAAAUUGCUUACAUGGAAUGAUUGUUGAUGGCGCGAGAUUUAAUAUCCUAUAUGAUAGUCCCGUUCGAAUGUUCAGGAUUUAUAAAUGGAUAAUAAAUCAUCCGACACUUUCAACAAUUUCGAUUCCACUUAUUCCAUUCGUUGCUGUUGCUGUAGUCGUCGGUAUAACUUAUGGCCUGAAUUUUAUCUGCUAUAUCUUUGUUAGAACAAGAAUUGCAUAUUAUCACUUGUAUCAACAGCUUAGGGAGAAAACAAGUGGCCUAUUUACGACUUUUCGUGAAAAACCAGAAGAGGAGAUUUUUAAUUUUAGUACAAAAGAACAAGAAGAAAAAUUACAAAAUUGGUUGAAAGAUCCACCAGACAAUUUUAUCGUUUUGCUUGGUCCAACUAAUAGUGGUAAAAGUGCCCUUGUUAAUAAAAUUUUACGAGGAAAGAGGAAUACAUUAUAUAUAAAAUGUGAUGAUAUCAUCGAUUCUCGAAAUAAAAAUGAACGUGCUUUAGAAUUAGCAAAACAAGUUGGAUGCUCCUCUGCAUUCAACCUUGUAAUUUCCUUUUCAAAUUUAGGGAGUUUAUUGGCUAAUGAAGUUAUAGGACAUAAAAUAUUUGGAUUACCUUCAACUGUUGAUGAUCCUGUCAAGAAAGUCCUUGAUUUGGUUGAAAAUGCUUUAUAUAAGACCAGGAGAUCACGGCGCGCUCAGAAUUCUGAAAAUGAAUUUCCUAUUGUAGUUAUUGAUGCUUAUAUGAUUAAGUAUAAGGAAAAUCAUGAUUUAUGGGAACUUUUGAUAAAAUUUGCGAGUGAACUUGUUACAAACAAACUUGCUCACGUAGUAUUCGUGAGUUCAAACAUCGGUAUUAUCAAUCAUCUAGGAAAUCAAGCUCCUUCAAUGCAAGUAAAUACACUAGAUUUGCAUGAACCGGAAGAAGUUAUUAAUUUGGUGGACCAGUAUGCACGUGACAAAAACAUCGAAAUUCCUGAAGGUUUGAAAGAAGCUGUUAGUAGCAUUGGUAUGCACUUAACAGAUUUGGGACUUUUUAUUGGCAAAAUACGGAAUGGAACAAAACCGGAUGAUGCAUUGAAUAACCUUGUUAGUGAAGCAAAAGCUGAUGUUUAUAGAAUUGCAUUUCGUGACGAUUUUGAACAUGUAGCGAACAAGGAAUGGAGUGAUAUUCAAUUUUGGGAAAUAAUGAAAGGAUUAUCCAAAAAGGAAUACUUAUUUUAUGAUAUUGUCAAAUCUUCGCCGUUAUUCGAUGAUGAUGAUACUCCCAUCAAAGCUAUGGAACGAUCUGGAUUAAUAUCUAUAACACUGUUACCAAAAGAAUCUACAGUUUCUAUAAUAAAAGCUGGUAAACCACUUUACCAAAAAGUCUUUGCAGAAAUAAGUUCUGAUGAAUUAUUUGAAACAAAAAUGAAAUAUAAAACGGCCCAAUAUUAUUUAACACUUGAGAAUAGUAAAAUUAAAGAAUAUGAAGACGAACUUGAAAAAUUGGUUAAAAUAGAUAGUAAAUGGAAUAACAAAUGGUCUAGUAGAUGGUCAUUUAGUUGGUUGUUUGGUAAUGGUCAUGAAGUCAUUAAUCAUCGGGUUAAAUUCUUGUUAUUACAAUUAAAGAAAAGCCUUGCACGUGCAAAGAAACAUCAAAAACAAAUUGAUGAAUUAAAACACAAUUAUGAAUUAAUACUUAAUAGAAAAGGCAGUUAAAUAUAAGGUAAUGAUAAGUUAUUUAUUUUUAU